UUGAAGAUGUCAGCAGAUAUACCAUUAAAUAUUAAUAUCAAGGAGCCCCGAUGGGAUCAAAGCACUUUUGUUGGACGAGCCAGUCACUUCUUUACUGUAACAGACCCCCGGAAUAUUUUGUUAUCUGAUGCCCAACUGGAAAAUGCAAGAAAAAUUGUGCAUGAUUACAGACAAGGUAUUGUGGCACCUGGCUUGACAGAAGAUGACUUGUGGAGAGCAAAAUAUAUCUAUGAUUCAGCCUUUCACCCAGACACUGGUGAAAAGAUGGUCUUGAUUGGCCGAAUGUCAGCUCAGGUACCCAUGAACAUGACUAUCACAGGUUGUAUGAUGACCUUCUAUAGAACAACACCAGCAGUGGUUUUCUGGCAGUGGAUUAACCAGUCCUUCAAUGCUAUAGUAAAUUACACGAACAGGAGUGGUGAUGCCCCAAUUACUGUCAGCCAGCUGGGAGCAGCCUAUGUUUCUGCUACCACAGGUGCUGUCGCAACGGCUUUAGGACUUAAUGCACUAACAAAGCAUGUCUCACCUCUUAUAGGACGGUUUGUUCCUUUCGCUGCUGUUGCUGCUGCUAACUGCAUUAAUAUUCCACUGAUGAGACAAAGGGAACUCAAGUUUGGAAUCCCCGUCACAGAUGAGAACGGAAACAGGCUGGGUGAAUCAACAAAAGCAGCUCAGCAGGCAAUUACCCAGGUGGUUAUAUCAAGGAUUCUUAUGGCUGCUCCUGGCAUGGCGAUUCCUCCCUUCAUAAUGAAUACAUUGGAAAAGAGAGCCUUUUUAAAGAGGUUUCCUUGGAUGAGUGCUCCCAUUCAAGUUGGAUUAGUUGGAUUCUGUCUUGUGUUUGCAACACCCCUGUGUUGUGCACUGUUUCCUCAAAAAAGUUCUAUGUCUGUAACACGCUUGGAGCCAGAAUUGCAAGCCAAGAUUCAAGAGAGCAGCCCUGAACUAGAACGUGUAUACUUUAAUAAAGGAUUAUAAUUCAAGGAAGGGAAAAUGUUUCCAGGAGGAUCUUGUGAACUUAUUUUUGAAUUGUGUGCCAACGUAUUUGAAGAUGAAAAUGCCUUUUAACUUGUCCUUUUGUUAAACAACUUUGAUCAUCCACAUUAUUUUAUAUUUAAAGACUUUCCUCAUUGUAGUGUUUAAAUUACAAAAGGUCAUUCUGUCCACUUUGGUAUCAAUUAAAAGUUUAACCAUACAUAUCAAAAAGUGUUUACAUAAGCUCUCAAGCAGCUACAAUAACAAUAAACAAGCA